GACGACAUUUUAAUUUGGUCAACAUUUUGUGUACUGUAAAGAACAUGGCGGUAAGUUUCAAGAAAAAACAAGGAAAGCAAUUCCGACGUCGGAGGGAAUCUUCCUCGUCGGAGGAAGAAACAGUAGGAACUGAAGAGUUAAGAACAAUUUUGGAUGAAACGCGAGAAACACAGAAGUUCAGACAGAGGCAACAUGGUGUUAGCGCUGCCAGCCUUGCUGUUGGGAAAAAGUUCAGUAAAGAAGAAGAAAUCGAUAAUGAUCCAUUCAAGCUUCGCUCUGGAGGAAUAAUCAGUCUGACAGAGAUUAAAGAUAGGAACAGAGACAGAUCGGAUGAAGACUCCAGAGAUGUUCUAAACAUGGACAACACAUUUGCUGCAGAAACCAACAGGCGAGAUGAAGAUGCAGAAAUGAUGAAGUACAUUGAAAUUGAGCUUGCAAAGAAGAAAGGCGUCGCAGAUGAUGAGGAUGGCCACGCCAAAAAGAAAGAGAAGAUGAAAACAGCCGAAGACAAGUUGUAUGAGCUUCCGGAACAUCUCAGAGUAGAAUCUCAGAAGAAAUCAGAAGAAAUGUUAUCCAAUCAAAUGCUUUCUGGUAUUCCAGAGGUGGAUUUGGGAAUAGAAGCGAAGAUCGCUAACAUUGAAGCAACAGAAGAUUCCAAACAGAAGCACAUCGAGGAGAGGAGAAGCAAGAAGAAAGACAAGGUGACCUUUGCCCCGACCAACAUGGCCGUCAACUAUGUCCAGCAUGCUCGGUAUAUGCAUGAAGAGUUAAAUCCACCCAAGCAGAGGGUGAUUAAACAGGAAGAGCCUAAACCAAGACCAGUUGUGGUUGGAGACGCUGACGGACCUGUCCCUGUCUCCAGUUCGCCGCAGAGACAAAAGAAGAGAAAUAAUCAAGAGAAAGCCACAGACGAUUAUCAUUACGAACGCUUCAAGAAGCAACUCAGAAGAUACUGACAAGGUGAACCCAAAUUGUGUUCGUGUUGUUGAUUUUUUGUUCUUGACAUUUUUAUCAUGAAGGAUAUGGAGUUUGAGUCAUAAGCUUGAGUUAAAUAAUACUAUAUGAACUAGCCUAAGUAUCUGUCUUUGAACUUUGAGGCUCUCGUGGAAUAAUAUACCAGAUACCUUUCAACUUGAGCGCUUGGCGCGAUGCACCGGUAACCUUUUGUUGGUUCGACGGAACAGUGAGUCGUACCCGCUCCCUCAAAAUGUCCACAUCUACCCAUCUUUGGAUGUGGCGUUUAAAUCAGCCAAUGAAACUUUAGCUUGGUUAACCCAAAGCCAGUAUCUAUUCUUGAAGGAGGAAGUCAGGGUGCCACUCUUCCUUUCUAUGAGAGCCGUGUUGAUUGCCUAUGUGAGUGCCAUCAGUGUGCAGUACUCUAUUUUAGGAUGAAACUGGUGUAUGUGUGGUCUCUACACAAUUGGAUUUUGGAUAAGGAUUAUAGAUCACGUAGCAAUGGCUCCAGUCCGUAGACUGGUCACCCAGAGGAGUCUUGUGUAACUCAUUAGUGAUGUGGAUGUGGAUGUGUGGAAUAAGACGGCUGUAGCCGUCACAUUGUUUGCUACUGGAGGACAUUGAUGUACAUUGGAUUGAUAAGACCACAACGCAUGUGAUUUUUACUGUUGUGCAGUUGUCCAGCUACAUGGUUUCAUUUACAUUUUAACUACAAUUUGACUUUACAAGUUUGCUUCUUCAAGCUGUAAUGACACUUGCAGACUUCAGAGAGUGUGUCAGCAUGGCGCUGCAUUUGUUAGUCGUUGAUAAUUUGAUACAAAGAGCUCUACGAUGAGAUUGUAUUUUAGAAAUAGAUUACCAUAAGAGGCAUUAUGAUGAUGAUACAUUGUAUCGUUAAUGUAUGUUCCCAAGAGUAAAAAUGAUACAACUCACAGAUUGGAUAUCCGAUGAUUUAAACCAAAGCAAUCGAACAAUGCCAAACCGCCAGUGCCUGCAGAAGUACUAAGUAUUAUGGGACAAUUGUUCAUUGCAUUACUUUUCGCCGACUUAUCUAAGACCGGCUUAUUGCAACAGGCUUAAUGACUGACUAAGCUAAGACCGUCUAAGGCAGAUAGCAGGCUAUAACUGACUGGUCUUAGACUGCUGACUAAGACCGUUUAAUUGCAAUCCGCCCCAGGGCACAGGAUACUUUUGUUGCUGUUCCACUCUGUGACAGUACACCCCUUAUAUCAACAGCCAACUUCAUCUCUCAGUCAGUGUAAAUGUUUAAUCACAUAAUUAUUUGUUUAAUUGAUGCUUGUUGGUAAGUAAUGCUUCAGAAUGAGGGGUCAUCGGUUCGAAUCCCACACACGUUAGCCUAGCACUUUGAUUUUUAGUGGACUGUUAAAGCGCUGAGUACUUGGUGCUUAAUCAAACAUCAAUGCGGUGGGUAAAUCUUCAAUAUUGUUUAUAAUUAUUAUAUAUUAAAGCCAUUGGACCCUUUCAGUUCAGAAAAAAAAAAAAAAGUUCACAGAU